CGCAAAUACGCUGCACGCGAUUUAAAUAGUCUCGGUGGCUGUUUGUGUGAGCAGCGCAGCUUGGGUUAGUGUAGUGUAGUGUAGUGUAGCGGCUCGGGAACAACUGAAUAUACUCGUCUCUCGGCUUUUUAUUUUUCUUACAAUUUACAUUACGAGAUUUAAAAAGAGGUAUACUGAGGAAAGAGUAACCGAAGAAAUAAGUGGCUGUGGAACGCGAUAGUUUCAGAAGCUGAACAUGGGUACCAGUGAGAGCAAGAUGGCCGUGGCAUCAACGCCCAAGCCAGAUCCGAUCCAUCGGCUCAAGACUCAACGCUUGGCCCAGCUUGCAGAUCCUCGAUCUCCAUCCUGCGGGAUCAACCGCACACCUAUACAGGUGAGUGGCGCAGCCUCUACAGUCCAAGAAGUUCAAGAGUCAGCUGGACCGGUAUAUGUCGAUCCACGGUCGCCUACAGUUGGCAUUGUUCGCACUCCACUAAAGGACAGUAUGAAAGUAACGGUCAGCUCACUGGCUCGUCGGCUGAGCACGUUCUUCCUUAAUGAUGUGGUGGUUGGUAACGCCACUCCACUCCCCCCUGUGUCCUUUACUAAACACCACAGCCUGUCUAGUGUAGAGGAGCAGAAUGAGCUGAACUCCAAAGAGCCCCUCCUCCCACCUCAUUCCCACGACUCUGUCAGUGGGCCCACCAACUGUCUGUCUACUCCGGCAGAUUUCAGCUCCUCCAUGGGUUACGGCUCCUUCUCCAGCAGUCCGUUUGUGGUGGUCGGUGAGGCUCAGGUGGAGGUCGGGGUGGACGCUGACACCACAAUUGAUGAGGCUGAGGAGGCUGUCCUUGUGGGCCAGUCUACCCUUAAGCGGGAGCUCAGUCUCAGCAUGCUCGGCUGCCGUGAGGGCGUUUACUCACCAGAGUUCUUCCCCUCAGCUGAGGAGCGUCCUUCCACUCCUCUUCCUCCUUUGGAGGAACCGCAAGAUGUGGAUCACUCCUAUGCACUUCCUCAUGUCACCUGUGAGCCCGUUCAGUCCGCUCCUGUUCCUGUCCAAGAAGCCAUCUUGCCACCAAUGACUGCUGACAUGCCACAGUCACCUGAGCAGGAGAGCGUCGCCGAAGAAAAGGCUAUGCUGCCAGAGCCAGCUCUGAAACACUCUGAGAAGUCAAAGCUCGCCAAUUCCGAACCAGCCAAGAGCGAAGUCCUUCUGCCUGCUAUAACGUUCCCCAGGUUUGACACCCGCAGCCCAAGCCAGGCUGUAUUUAAGCCCCAGUGGCUGGGUGUGGGAUUUGGAGCGACGGGUGUCCGUGCUAGAGGAGUUCAGAGCCGUGGGAAAGGAACCUCCUCCCCUCUGUCCACCCGCAGACCAGCUACUGACGAAAAUGAGAAUAAGGUUGUGCUCAACAAACAGAAGCAGAGAGGCAAAACUCUUAUUGGUGAAGGCAGAUCCCCUCUGCAGAUCCUCAAGGAAACCAAUUCACCCAGAAACAACAGUGCACAGAUGAAGCUGAAGGUUUCUACACCAGAGAAGCAGAGGUUUAGCCAAAUGGACAGAAGAGCUCUCGUUCUUUCUCUCAACAAAGAGAACCAGUGAAGGACAGAAACUAAGUGGACAGAAUAAUGGACUGGAUUAUAUUUCCAAGCAAACACUCUGUCCAUAGAGCCCAGUUUAUCUCUCAGAAAGCAGCUGUACAGUGAUGGUGAACUUUGUGUGUGUGUGUGUGCCAUGUCUGGAUGUAAUUUUACAUUCCUUUUUCUGCCAUCUUGUCAAUGUCUUUUUUUUUUUCUUUUUUUUUCCCAAAAAGUUGUAAAUAAAAUCUUUUAUUUUAAA